AUGUUAGUUAGUUUAUCGACAAACUGUUUAAUGUUGAUCUGGUCAGUGUUCAUGCCCAAAUCGUCUAGAAAGUCGUUAAAUUGA